AUGCGCGUUGCCGCCUCCCAGCUUCCCCUCCCCACCACCACCUCCCCAGCACGCCGGCGACGGCGCGCCCAGGCGCCGCCCACCGCCGGGCCGCGGCCACCCCCGAGGGCCCUCGCCGCCAUACUGCGCUCGCGCGUCAUCGCGUGCCUCCGCGCGCAAGACGGCGAGACGGCGUUGCAGGCGGCUCACGCGGCUGUCCGCGGCGGCGUUACCGUGUUGGAGGUUGUGAUGACGACUCCUGGAGUACUCGAGGUUAUUGAAGAUCUUUGCAGGAGUUAUCCUUCUUUAACAUUCGGAGUUGGUACCGUCUUAAACGCUGCUGAUGCAAGGAAAGCUAUAGGGGCUGGUGCACAAUUUCUUAUGAGUCCUGCCACAGUCCUGGACAUACUUCAUGAUCUUAAAGUAAGUAAUGUUCUUUAUAUUCCAGGAGUGUUGACACCAACUGAAGUUUUAUCUGCUUGCAGUGCUGGUGCAAAAGUUGUCAAGGUGUACCCAGUUUCAGUGAUGGGUGGAGAGACGUACAUGUCAGCUUUGAAGAAACCAUUUCCUCUUGUACCAAUGGUUGCUUCUCAAGGAAUUAAAAUCGGUUCAAUCAAGGGCUAUAUGGAAGCAGGGGCAUCUGCAGUGGUCUUAUCUGAUACUAUUUUUGACAAUCAAUUGAUGAGGGAUGGAAAAUUCAGUGAAAUUUCAGAACUUGCAAAUCUAGCAACUUUAGAGGCAUUGCAGUUCACGAAAUGA